AUGAAGAAUCUGAUAUGGUCUUCCAAGAAUAAGAAGUCGAGUUCGACGAGUGGUAGCAACAACAACAACAAUAAUAAUAAUACGAGCAGUACCAACAAUAACAAUGGUAACUCGCAUCUUUCAUCGACAUCUAAUCUCAAGCCACGUACUUCUAACGCGUCGAUUCUGCCAGGGAUUAGAAGUUCGAACAAUAGUUCUCAUUCUAGGGAUUAUCACACAAGUCCAACUACUGCAAAUUCCCAUAUGACGAGUACUGUCGGCGGUAGUAAACGUAAGAGCUCACCAUCGGCAGCUUUUUCAUUGAAAAGAUAUUCAAAUGCUCCUACUAGCUCUAAUACGUCAACGAACAACAACAACAACAACAACAACAACAACACUAAUAAUAAUAAUAAUACUAAUAAUACUAAUACUAACAACACAACUAGUGGGAGCACACCACCACCAUCACAAGCACCACCACAAGGAUCUGUUGGUAACAUAUACAUGUCUGAACACCAUAGUCGAUCCAGUAGAAGUGUUUUAUCGAGUGCAAGGGCUUCAUCCGAUAUAUCUUUGGCUUCGUUACCUUCAGACGGUCGUCAUAAUAAAUCUCAGGAAAAAAUUAACGAUGCAGAUACGUUUCAUGAUACUUCAUCACACCCAAUGAGUUCCUCCGCAAGUAAUUACAGUAGCUCUACAUUGCAUACAAAUCUAGGUAGUAGUACUACUUAUUUAGCGCCAUCUGCUAUUAGUUCUAAUACAACAGCUGCGGGAACCACUGGGGGCGAUGGUGGUGGUGGUAACGGUAAUCAUUCAAAUAAUAACAACAAUCAAAGUCACGCUUCAUUGCUCAGGUCCAAUAAUGCACAGAAGACGGCUGUACAUUUGAACAAGGACAAUUAUGACAAUACCGUUUUUAAAGUCGGUUGGUUGAAUCGUUCUCAUGGUAAUGUUACCUUGAGUGAUGGUAAUAACAAUAGUAGUACGAGUGGUAAUCGUAGAGAAUCAAGAAUGUUUGAUCAAGGCUUUCCUGAUAUUGCAGAAUCUCCAACGUCAGUUCCAGAUUACAAACUUUAUCGUGUACAGUUGAAGGGUCCAUUUUUAAAUCUUUACAAAAGUGGAUUAUCCAAUAAUGUUAAAUGCUUUGAUCCUAAUUUGGGAACAAAGGAUCCAGAGGAGGAAGCUGCGGAUGACACUAUUGUUGACGUUGAAGAAGAUGGUACUAGUCCUGUAACACCAGUGGCGGCAGCAGCCAGCUCCAACAAUUCCGCCAGUACUGAUAAUAAUAUACCCACGAAUUCUACGCCAACCAUAACUACUUCUUCUUCUUCUUCUUCACAACUGCCGCCAUCUGCCACAAGAAGUAACAGAAUGCCAACAAUAAAAUAUUUAAGUCCUCGGCAUCCACAUCCAGAUUUAAAAAUAGACAAAGACGAUAAGAUAGUAUCUGGUACAACCGAAUCUUUAUGUCAUGCAAUUUUAUUUGCAUGGUCACAAACAUCACUUGAAGAUACUGCUAUUCCAACCAAUCGCUAUUUGAUCAAUUUGCUGCUUUCGUUACCGCUUUUAGAUGAUUUUUACAAUUAUUUGACAAUGUUCAAUCAAAUGGGAUUAACAUUUACGAAGCACAGUGGUCAAAUAAGCAAUAAUGCUACACAAUAUUGUAACGUACCUUCCAAAAUUGAUGACCGGUUAACCAAUAGACUUGCACUAGUGGUUAAAACGCUUUUAGACAUGUUCCCCAGUUUUUUACUAGACGAACAAAUGGCACAACAAACUAUGAAAUUACUAGAAAUAAUAUCCCUGCAUGAUAGUGAACUUUCCAAUAACUUGAAAAUAGCAGUUGCCGCUAAACAUAAUGACUUGCAUAAAUUGACUGCGUUUAGUAGAGAAUCUGCUCCAACGAAGGAUAGUUGUAAAUCAAUGACGGAUUUGAUGAAUCCAGAAAAAUUUUUGAAGAUGGAUAUCAAACAGUUGGCUGAACAGGUUCAUGAAAUUAAUUUAAAAUUUAGAUCACAAUGGGGUCCUCGUACCGAUUAUUCAUUACUUUAUGACUCAAAAUAUAUGGACUCCAAGAUUAUUGCUUUGAAUCCGCUAGUUUUCAAUAAUAAUGAUAAUAUCCAUUUCUUGGGUCGUCUUUUCGUUUCACAUAUCUUUUCGGAAGCUACAGCUAACUCUCCAAAAUUUCGUGGUAAACUUUUGAGUAAAUGGGUUGAUCUAGGUGUUAGAUUCGAACAAUUAGGAGAUAUGGUUUCCUGGCUCGCAUUAGCUACCAUAGUUUGUUCCAUACCCGUUUUAAGGCUUUACCAAGCAUGGCAAUACGUUUCUGAACAUACGAUUAGGGUGAUUUUCAAAGAUUGGGUCCCCACUAUAGCUCAACUGAACAGAAGACAGUUAUCAUCUAGAUCUACAAGUAGUGUGUUCAUCUUAGCUCCACCAAACUUGGAAGAUCCAGUAAUAAGGUCAAAUGUUAUUUCAUAUUUUGGUGAUCUCAUUAUCCAUGCUGAUGAUUUACCAUCGGAAACGAAAUUAAAAUAUUUGGAGAAGAAAAUCAAUCGUACCAACAAUGCAUUCCAUAAGUGGCAACAACGUCUAGACAGCUUAUCCAGAGGAAGGUCUGAUGAUGUAAUAAGACUAAGAAAUGUUGAUGAAAUGACAGCUGGAGUUUAUCAAUUUUGGAAAUACCACCUAUCCCUACCACCACUUAAUAUGAGAGGACUAAUGGAUUUGAGUACCAAGACAGAUCCCCCAAGGGUAGACGAAAAGGCUUAUUCGAUGAUCGGCAGUCAAAGAAGCCCUCUUCUAACGGGUUCUUAUCUACCCAUUUUAUUUAAUGAGUUACUCCCCAAUUAUUCACUUUUCUCCAAACAAUCAUUAAUUGGUGCAGCAGGUGUCAUUUCCACGACUAUGAAUGCAACAACUGUACCAAGUGCAACAAGUCUAACAAGACAUGCUUCCAUUAGACCUAAGUCACCGAUGGUACGUUCCACUCAUAAUUUUACCAUCAGUGAACCUAUUUCUGUGGAUGUUAACGGCAACGGAAAUAGCAAAGGUAAUAGUAGUAUCGCUGAUGCUGGUAACGGAAAUACAUCACCAGCUAUUCCAGAUAAUAAGAAAUCGGGUAAUCAAAUUACAGGUGUGGAAAACAUCGAUGGUCCGGUUGUGAGAGCCAUGUCUACUAAACAGUCUAAUAGACAACACCUUUUGAAAUGCGUUAGAGAUGCAUUCAACAUAGAUAGUGACAUUUUCCGCGUUUCAAACGAUUUUAUUUUCAAAUCUUGUAACGAUUUGGAUUUGAUGUCUACAAAUUCUAGCACUGUCAUUGAAAAUCCAAAGAGAUUCUCCCAACAGUCCUACACAAAUGCGAACACUCCUGGUGUCUCGAGAGAAUCUCAGGAUAUGGCUAAUACUUUAAGCAAAAGCUUAGAAAAUAUCGACUUCUUCAAUAAGGAUUCGGAAACUUUGAAAGAAUCUGUAAUCCCGGUGGUACUUAAAUCGGGAUCUUUAGAUAAGAUUUUCGAUCUUUUGGUCUUAACCGCUGGUGUUUUUUCACGUCUUGUGGAGACAAAGGAUUUGGAAAACUAUUUCAUUCACAAUAAGGAGAGAAAUACCAGUGGGUCAUUCUCCUCUGAUGAAGAAUCUAGAGAUGAUACUUUAGGGUUAUUAGACUUUGCCUUUAUAAGGCUUUCGAUGGACAACGAGACUUUCACAGAGACCUUUUUCAACACAUACCGUAGUUUCACUACCACGAAAUGUGUUCUUGAGAAUCUGGCCAAAAGAUAUAUUGGUGCUAAGAGUUGUGCCCUUUCCAUUUCAAAGCUUUUGAAUGGUUCUUCUAAGGUUAAAUCCUCUGAGCUCACCUCUAUUAAUGAUCAGAAAUUUCCAAUUUGGGAUAUGAAGCUCCCCCCUGAUGAAGCUGUGAACCACACAAAUUGGGCCAAGAUCCAAGUUGGUGCAGCAGAAUCGUUGUGUAACCUGGUGAAAAACCACUAUGCCGAUUUUACCGACGAUACCGACAGUAACAAUACUCUAUUGGAUAUUGUGAAGAUUAUGGAAGAUGAUGUAGGUGUUGAAUGGCCCCGCAGAAUAGAACAGAUGAAAAGGACUGCUAAUUCAGAGGACAUCAAGGAGACCCAAAAGUUUGUUGUUAAAUUGUCGGAGUUGUUUGCUGGAAUAAGAUCUGCCUACCAGAAACAAAUGUACAGGCCACUAGGUAUCAACAGAAUUCAGCGCAAAGUGACGAGUUUGCUAGACUCAUUCAAAUCUAAGACAAUAAUAGACUACAACCGUGUUUUAAACUCGAACACCCUGGAUGAUAGUAUGGUAUCGAAGUUUCACGAAUUAAAGUAUAAUGAUUACGAAGGAAUAUUAGAUUGGGUUUAUGCCUUGGAUAACUUUAUUCUAGAAAGAGUGAAACUGGUGACCAAACAAGAUUGGUUUGCAACCUACCAAGUACUAGAGCUCUUCUCUUAUGGGUCUCUAACUUCCUAUUUUUCGUUCCCUCAACAUUCAGCUGCAUAUACCAUGAUUACUUCUGGCUCUUCCCAAUUGGAUGAUCUUGAAAUAAUGAAUGUGUUUUCAUGGAUUAGUAAUUUGACGAAGCCUAAUGAGAAGCAUGAUUCUUAUCUUUUGAAUAAGCUCCCAGAAUCAGUUCAAUUAUUGAUCAGGUUACAUAACUGUUUGACUUCUUUUUUCACAGUGGAGAUCUCAAAUACCGAUAAGGACCCUGAUAACCGUCUACAAACAUGUGCAGCUAUUCUUCAGAUUCUAAAUUACGUUCGCUGGAAGAACUCUUCGUUAGACUUAUUUGAGGAAGAAGGCGAUUCGACUCCUAAAUCGAUGUCUCCUCAUAUUCCAUCAUUUAUUGAAACGGCUAUCUCUAAUGCAAUCAUUUCUCCUGAAUCAAGGUUCUAUGAACAUACUUGGAGGGCUGCACAUUCUUUGUUAUCUUGCAAAGAGGAUGAUUAUCUACCUUCGAUUUGUCGUUUGCUUGAAAACAUUGAUGAUAAGCACGUUAGGGGAUUUGUCGAACAUGACAGCAUUUACAUGGCAAAACCUAAAAACCUUUGUGCAUGUCCUGGUUGGCUCAUUUUAAGACUAAUAGAAAUUGCUAAAUUUGUUCCUAACAUGAGCACUAUGAAUUCCAAGUUAAUCAAUUUCGACAAGAGAAGAUUUGUUAGCAAUAUCAUUUCCAACAUUGUGGAUCUGACCCCAGCAUCCGAGGAUUAUACGAAUACUAACAGGGAUCGCAGAAGUCGUUCAUUUGGAACCUGUCUUUCUUUGGAGGUCGUUGAUCCUAACAAGGAUUACAGAAAGAGCACUCGAUUUGUUGCAGCCUCAGAAUCGAAAAUGCUUAAGUUCCAGGAGAACGGACUAUUCAAUGAAAUUUUAAGCGAAGAGGUGGAGAAAACUAGACGCGAUCAUAAGAAGAUUGAAGCUCUUUCUGUUCAAGAACAUGAUAAUAAGCGCUCGGCAGUUUUGCAAAAAGUCGUGCAAAGGAAGCCAAAGACUUCUGUGAUGGUUCCAAGCCUUCAAAUACCAACUAUACCUUCCUCUCCGAAUUCGAGCUCAAGUCCUACAUUGGGUAAAGAUAAACGGAGCUCUGUAGCUUCUUUGGGGGCAAGGAGUUCGAUUGUAUCGAACUCCGGACAUAACCAUGUUGGGAGAAAACUAGGAGGCUUUUUCAGAAGACCAUUCUCCAUUGGUGGCUUCAACUCUUCUGCCUCUAGCAGUUCCCUAAACAGCAUCUUGGUUCCUGAUGUCCAACCUAAUGGUACUGUCGCUCCUUUGAAUCUACCUUCUAUUGAAAGCUCUUCGGUUAACGAGCAAAAACCUGUCUAUCAGUUCAAGACCUUCGAGAUUGAAAAUAUUGUUGAAUUGAUGAACUUUAAGAAUCCCGGAUGCGCUUACAGUUUUAAGAUAGUUAUGCAAGGUGGCCAGGAAAUCAUUUUACAAGCCACUGGUUCCGCUGACUCGAAGCAAUGGGUUAAAAUGAUUAAGGCUUCGAGAAGGUAUGCUUAUUAUUCUAAAAAAUACAAAAGCAAAACUUAUAAUAAGAUAUUUGGUGUGCCAUUAGAGGACGUGUGCGAACGUGAAGGUACAGUGAUACCCAAUAUUGUUGUUAAAUUGUUGGAGGAAAUUGAAUUGCGCGGAUUGGAUGAAGUGGGUCUUUAUAGAAUCCCUGGGUCUGUUGGUAGUGUCAAUGCCCUGAAGAACGCGUUUGAUGAAGAAGGUGGACUAAGUAAUUCAUUUACCCUUGAAGAUGAUCGCUGGUUUGAGAUAAAUGCUAUUGCCGGCUGUUUCAAGAUGUAUUUGAGAGAGCUUCCAGAGUGCCUAUUUACAAACGAAAGGGUACAAGCUUUUGCAAAUCUGGCUCUUCGAUACAAAUCUCAUCAAAUGAACUUGGAAGAGUUUAUUCAUACUAUGGUAAAUCUAUUGAGAACGCUUCCAUUAUGUUAUUACCACACUUUGAAGAGAAUUGUCGUACAUUUGAACAAAGUCCAUCAACAUGUGGAGAAUAACCGUAUGGACGCUUCAAAUUUGGCCAUCGUCUUCUCGAUGAGUUUCAUCAAUCAAGAGGACCUAGCUAACAGCAUGGGAUCUACUUUAGGUGCAAUUCAAACAAUUUUGCAAUUCUUCAUAAAAUCACCCAGAGAUUUCUUCGAAUAA